UUCCUCAAGACCGGCCAGGCAGAGGCGCGGCUGGCCGAGCGUUGGAUCCGAGACGUGGCUCCCGGGCCGGGGAAACAUGCUGGACUUCGCGAUCUUCGCCGUGACCUUCUUGCUGGCGUUAGUGGGAGCGGUGCUCUACCUCUACCCGGCUUCCAGACAAGCUGCAGGAAUUCCAGGACUUACUCCAACUGAAGAAAAAGAUGGUAACCUUCCAGAUAUUGUGAACAGUGGAAGUUUGCAUGAGUUCCUCGUUAAUUUGCAUGAGAGAUUUGGGCCCGUGGUCUCUUUCUGGUUUGGCAGACGGCUCGUGGUUAGUUUGGGCACCGUGGAUGUACUAAAGCAGCAUAUCAAUCCCAACAAGACAUCGGAUCCUUUUGAAACCAUGCUGAAGUCAUUGUUAAGGUAUCAGUCUGAAGGGGAGAGUGUAAGUGAAAACCACAUGAGGAAAAAAUUGUAUGAAAAUGGUGUGACUGAUUCUCUGCAGAAGAAUUUUACUCUCCUGCUAAAGCUGUCAGAAGAAUUAUUAGAUAAGUGGCUUUCCUACCCAGAGAGCCAGCAUGUACCCCUCAGCCAGCAUAUGCUUGGUUUUGCUAUGAAGUGUGUGACACAGUUGGUACUAGGUAGUACAUUUGAAGAUGAACAGGAAGUCAUUCGUUUCCAGAAGAAUCAUGGCACAGUUUGGGCUGAGAUUGGAAAAGGCUUUCUAGAUGGGUCACUUGAUAAAAAUACAACUUGGAGAAAACAAUAUGAAGGUGCCUUUAUGGAACUGGAAUGUACCUUAAAGAAAAUCAUAAAAGAACGAAAAGGAAGGAAUUUUAAUCAACAUAUUUUCAUCGACUCCUUAGUACAUGGGAACCUUAAUGACCAACAGAUUCUAGAAGACGGUAUGAUAUUUUCUCUGGCCGGGUGCAUAAUAACUGCAAAAUUAUGUACCUGGGCAAUCUAUUUUUUGGCCACCUCUGAAGAAGUUCAAAAAAAAUUGUAUGAAGAGAUAGACCAAGUUUUUGGGAAGGGUCCUGUUACUCCAGAGAAAAUUGAACAUCUCAGAUAUUGCCGCCAAAUACUUUGUGAAACUGUUCGGACUGCCAAACUGACCCCAGUUUCUGCCCGGCUUCAGGAUAUUGAAGGAAGAAUUGACCAGUUCAUUAUUCCUAGAGAGACUCUUGUUCUUUAUGCCCUUGGAGUGGUACUUCAGGACCCCAGUACUUGGCCAUCACCAUACAAGUUUGAUCCAGACCGGUUUGCAGAUGAGUCAGCAAUGAAGACUUUCUCCUUGCUUGGAUUUUCGGGCACACAGGAAUGUCCAGAGUUGAGGUUUGCGUACAUGGUGAGCACUGUACUUCUGAGUGUGUUGGUGAGGAGGCUGCACCUACUUCCCGUGGAGGGACAAGUUAUCGAAACAAAGUAUGAACUGGUAACAUCAUCAAGGGAAGAAGCUUGGAUCACUGUCUCAAAGAGAUACUAAACUUUUAUGCAUUUAAAAUCUUUGUUAAAUAGAAUGAGGAAAAUAACCAUUUAGAAAAUUUGUGUUGAGUCCUUUCAUAAACCAAGAAUCAUUUUGUAAUAUAAACACCUAUUAGUACUUUAUUAUGUAAAUUUGAUUUUUAUAUAUCAGUUUGUCUUAAUUGCAUGAUAAACAUUUAUAAUGUCUAUACCAAUAUAUUGAAAAUUUUAGAAGCAUUUACUUUUAAUUUUUCAUCCCUUUUUAUGCUAUUAUUUUCAUCUUCUUUUUCCUAGUUUCAUCUCUAAAAUGAAUGUCUUUACUUUUUUAAUGGAGUGGAGCAGUUAAGACCCCAGCUGGGACGCCCAUGUCCCGUAUUGCAAUGCUUAGAUUCACAUUCUGACUCCACUGCUGAUGCCAGCUUCUUGCUGAUAUUCACCCUCAGAGGCAACGGGUGAUGGCUCAGAUAAUUAGAUCCCUGCCACUUACAUAGAAAACCUGGAUUGAGUUCUGGACUCCCAGUUUUUGACUGGCUUUGGCCAGACAGGGAAAUAAAAGAUGGCAAAAGACAUACUUAAGAACUCUGAAGGGCCAGUGCUGUGGCUUAGCAGGUUAAGCUGUUGUCUGUAGUGCUGGCAUCUCAUAUGGUUGCUGUUUCAAGUCCUGGCUGUUCCACUUUCAAUCAAGCUCCCUGCUAAUGCAUCUGGGAAAGCAAUGGAAGAUGGUCUGAUUACUUGCAGAAGCUCCUGGCUCCUGGCUUCGGCCUGGCUCAGCUCUGGUGGUUGCAGCCAUUUGGAAAAUAAACCUGUGGAUGGAAUAGCUCUCUCUCUCUCUCUGUUUCUCCCUCUUCCUUUGUAACUUUCAAAUAAACAAAUAAAUCUUUUUUCAGAAAAGAUACAAUAAACAGCUUUUGUAGGAUGAAAUGACCAGUAAGCUUUUAGAAAAGAUGUUUAACUGGGUCUGGCACUGUAGCACAGUGGGUUAAGCUCGCUCUCUCUUUCUCUCUGUAACUGACUUUCAAAUAAAUAAAUAAAAAAUAAAUAAAUGAAAAGUGUUUAGGCAAAGAAUUAUUAGGGCUAUUUCAAGAAUAUUUUAAGUAUGUUUCAAAGUUAAACUUUAAGCACCAAUAACAUUUAUGUUUGAUACUUUAUUGAUAGCAUUGUAUUUUAAUCCAGUUAUUUUUACUAUACUAUUUAUGAAAUUUUAAAAAAGAUUAUUUUAUUUAUUUGAAAGGCAGAGUUAUAGAAAGGGAGAGGCAGUGGCAGAGAAAGAGAGAGAGAGAGAUAGCUUCCAUUUUGUUGGUUCACUCCCCACAUGACCUCAACAGCCAGAACUAGGCCAGGAUGAAGGCAGGAGCCAGGAGUUUCUUCCAGGUCUCUCACAUGGGUGCAGGGGCCAAAGCACUUGAGCUGUCCUCUGAUGCUUUCCCAGGCGCAUUAGCAGGGAGCUGGAUAGGAAGUGGAGCAGCCAGGACAAAAACCAGCUUCCAUGUGGGAUGCUAGUAUUGCAGGCAGCAACUUAACCCAUUAUGCCAAUCUACCAGCCCUCAUUAUUUAUGAAUUUAAAAAAAUUUUAAACUGAAGGAAAUAUGAAGGAUAUUCCAAAAGUUCCUGGAAAAUGUGUAUUAUGAAAAAAAAUUGUUCAUGGAUUUAAAAACUCUCUUGCAGCAAAAUAAACUUACUUUUUUAUUCAAUUUCUCCAUGAACUUGUUGAAGUCCUCUGAUAUGCCAAGUGCAAAUAGAGAGGAAAGGAAAAAUAUGAGAAUUGUUUGCAAGUGAGCCUAUUUUUAAUACUGCUGAAUUUCAUUUUUAGUUUUAGUUUUUAGUUUCACGAAUGCACCCUAGUUAUUUCAUGCUAUGUUUAUGGUUAUGGUUAACUGGCUAACAUUUUAGACAUAGAUAUGCCCAGUUAACAUAGAACUUGACUAAUAUGAUGCAGACUUUAUUUCUGAAGAAAUAUAGAAUAAUUAAAUUUCAACACUUUAAGUGAAAUUUUUUCUUAGUUAUAUUUUCAUGUUUCUAAAAAAGCCCAUUGUUAAAUCUGUCCCUUUGCACCUAUCAUUUUAUUUUCUUUUUAAUGUAUAUUUUCACCUGCUGAAGGCAGACUGAAGGUGGGGAGGUAGAGAGAGAGAAAGAGAACUCCUUCCAGGUCUCCCAUGUGGGUUGCAGGGGCCCAAGCACUUGAGCCAUCAUCUGCUGCCUCCCAGUGUGCAUUUAGCAAGAAGCUGUGUGGGGACUGGAACCCAGCAGUGCACUGUGAGUUAAUUCAGGUGUCCCGAGUGGCAGUUUAACCCGCGGCACCAAACCUCCACCCACGCUCUGUCAUUUUCUAUGGUUUUGUAUAUGUAGAGCAUCCAAACCCUGGCUUGGAUUCCUGCCACCCAUGUGGGAGAUCUGAUGGAGUUCCUGGCUCUGGCCUAGCCCUAGGCACUGUGGGCAUUUGAGGAGUGAACCCAUGGAUCUCCUCUUCCCAUCUGCUGUUCCUCUUUCUUUCUGUCUAUCCCUCUCACAACUGUCUGCCUUUCAAAUAAAUAAACCAUGAAAAAAAAAAAAGAAUUGUUAUUAAAAAUCUGUAGGGGUGUCUAUAGACUCUGGGGCAAACAUUUUAAGAUUCUUGUAACUCUCUUUGUUUUUGUUCUCUAAGUCCAGAAAAAGCACUGUUAACCUAUAAAAUGUCUGUGUUCUCAUGUGGUUGGCAGAUUGAAAACUCCCUCAGAAACAGUUUGAGCGUAUAAAGCAGCAUUACAGAGUGGUGUAGCAGUCAUUUAGUAGCAAUGGAAAGAUAACCUGGGAGAGGAAUGGAUGCCAUUUUCAAGGGCAGACUUCUGUCAUGUCAAGAAAUUGAUCAUGGUGACCUUCAUUUUCUUCUGAGCCGGUACUGUGGCUGUUUGCUACGUUACCAGGACUAAUGAUUAAGGCAGAAGCAGAAAGAGCUGGGAGGCUGGAAGAACAAAGCCGUUACUGUUACUACUGCAGUCAGAGGAAAUCCGUCCAGACGGCUUAGGACGGUGUUGCAGUGGGCCGUUGUGAGUGACCUGCACGGACACAACAGGGAUGACACUGACACUGGCAGCGGGAACCUGAAAGUAGAACAAGGGGCUGGGAUGAAUUUGCUAUGAGCCAACUCCUUUAUAUACAGAUCACAUUUAGUUCUUAGAGCAUAACAGCAGGUUCACUGACCAACUAACAGUAUUCAUUCCUGCUAGGAGAAUGUAAACAAAGAUAACUAAAUACAGAAUACAAAAAAUAAGCAUAAGACCUAAACUUCAGAUUAUCUUAAUCUCUUCUGUGGGGUUUAUUGGUAAAUUUUAAUUAUUUUAAAGGAAGGCAAUUUUUUUUUCCAUUUUAAAUUAACUUUAUAUACAGAAAACCAACUUUAUAUUAAGUAAAGAGUUCAACAAUUUGCACGAGAAAAGAAAAACAAAAACAAAAAACUAUUCUUCAACAGUUGAGACAAAGGCUGUUGAAAGUCAUUGCAUUUUUUUUUUUAAGAUUUAUUUUUUAUUUAUUUGAAAGGCACAGUUAGAGUGGGAGAGACAGAGAGAUCUUCCGCUGGUUCACUCCCUAGAUGGCUGCAUGGCCAGGGCUGGACCAGGCCAAAGCCAGGAGCCAGGAGCUUCUUCCUAGUCUACCACAUGGGUGGCAGGGGCCCAAGGACUUGGGCCAUCUUCUUCUGCUUUCUCACGCCAUUAGCAGAGAGCUGGAUCGGAAGUGAAGCAGCUAGGAUAUGAAACACCAUCCAUAUGGGAUGCUGGUGUCACAGGCAGUAACCUUACCUGUUAUACCAUCAAUGCCUGCCUCAAGGAUGGAAAUUUUUAAAAGGAAAAGGAAGGAACUGGCGCUGUGACUUAGUAAGCUCAUUCGUGUUCCAGGUGCUCUUCUUCUGAUCCAGCUCUUCACCAUGGCCCAGGAAAGCAGUGGAAGAUGGCCUAAGUGUUUGGGCCCCUGUGCCCACGUGGGAAACCUGGAGUAGGCAUUGGCUCUUAGCUUUGGAUUGGCCCAGGUCCAGCCAUUACUAGAGUCCAGCCAUUUAGAGAGUGAACCAGCAGAUAGAAGACCUCUCUCUCUGUCUUUCUCUCCCUCUUUCUGUAAUUCUGCCUCUCAAAUAAAUAAAAUAUUAAAAAAAAAAAAAUUGGCGUUUGGCCUAGUGUCUGAUUCCCGUAUCUGCGUGCUUGGGCCUGGUGCCAGCCUGCACAGCGUCUUUCUAAUGCAGAACCUGUGGGGUGGAGGUUCAAGUGAUCGAGGUCCUAGCUCUAGUGUUGGCCCAGUUCUGGCUGUUGGAAGCAUUUGGGGAGCAAAUCAAUAAAUGAGAGUGCAUUCUUUUUCUCUUUCCUGUCUCACUUUCUCUUUCUCUCUACCUCUUAAAUAAUAAGAAAGAGAAUACUGCCAACCCAACCAUGUUGUACACCUGUUUAAUGUUUUUCCUAUUUCCUAUAUAUUUAUUAUAUUCUUAACAGUAUGAUCUACUUUACACUUAAUAAAUGUAAAAAAUUUUUCUUUGUAACUUCAUUUUGUUUUUACUUCACUUUUACAAGGGCUUCAGUGAAUACUUUUUUAAGGAAUAAAGCUCUAAAAUAUGAGUAAAAUUUAAUUUUAAUCUCUGGUUUGUAGAAUUUUAUAAACUGAUAAUUGUAAAACUUGAGUUGUGGGCCACUUAAUAAAAUGUCCAGGCAAUAGA